ACCGACGGCAGCCGCAAAACCUCACAGGCAGCUGCUCCGCGCGCAGUCACUGCUUCGCGCGGCUCGGGGGCGUUUCUUUUCAAGCAGAAGUCAACUUUCUCAAACCACUUAGCCCGUCCACUCUGCAGACUUUCCUUUGCUGGAGAUGACAGGACGUUCAGAUUAUUCUUGGGGGUCGUAGCAGUUUUGGAGCCUCUUUAAAAAUAUUUAAACAACGUCAAAGUUCUUUGCGUGAAGGGAUUUCGUUAAUACAGUGGUUAGAGUUACCUGGGUUACCGCGCAGAAAAUGUGCGGGUUUUAGCUAGUAACCGGGCAAAACAUUUUUUUCCGUCAAGGAUUACCACGCAAAAUUGAACUCCGUGUGAUGGGGACUCUCUGGGUUAUGCAGUGCGCGGUUGGAUGUGUGGCGUUACUGAUCGUUGUGGUGACGGGACAAACUACUGGGAACCAGGGGAGAAGCACUUUCAAGACAAAUGAGGACACGCACGCACCAUCGAGCCGAAUGCGGAGACGAGGGCGACAGGAUCAGUUGAGAGGGCCGAAUGUAUGUGGGUCACGCUUCCAUUCCUACUGCUGCCCUGGAUGGAAGACUUUGCCCGGGGGCAACCAAUGUAUUGUGCCCAUCUGUCGGAACAGCUGCGGAGACGGGUUCUGCUCGCGCCCCAACAUGUGCACGUGCGCUAACGGGCAGAUAGCGCCCAGCUGCGGGGCCAAAUCCGGCUCACAGUGCAACAUCAGGUGCAUGAAUGGAGGCGUGUGCGCGGAGGACCACUGCAAGUGUCCGAAGGGCUACGUCGGGACAUACUGCGGCCAACCGGUCUGUGAGAACGGCUGCCAGAACGGCGGUCGGUGCAUCGGGCCCAACCGGUGCGCCUGCGUCUACGGCUUCACCGGCCCCCAGUGUGAGAGAGACUACCGCACCGGGCCCUGCUUCACGCAGGUGAGUAACCAGAUGUGCCAGGGCCAGAUGAGCGGCAUCGUGUGCACCAAGACGCUGUGCUGCGCCACGGUGGGCCGCGCCUGGGGGCACCCCUGCGAAAUGUGCCCCCCCCAGCCCCAACCCUGCCGCCGCGGCUUCAUCCCCAACAUCCGCACUGGGGCCUGCCAAGAUGUGGAGGAGUGCCUGGCCAUCCCCGGGCUCUGUGAGGGGGGCACCUGCCUCAACACCGUGGGGUCCUACGAGUGCAAGUGUCCCACAGGCCACCUGCAGAACGAGGGCACACAGAAGUGCGAGGAUGUGGACGAGUGUGCGACCGUCCCGCACGUGUGCGGCGGCGGGCAGUGCCAGAACACGGCGGGCAGCUACACCUGUUCCUGCCCACCUGGGUUUGCCCAGUCGCCGGACGGAACCCGCUGCGUUGACCCGCGCCUGGGCUCCUGUUACGGCAGCCUGCAGAACGGUCGCUGUGCUCAGGAGCUGUCCGGGACCUUCGGGAAGGCCCAGUGCUGCUGCGACUCAGGCCGCUGCUGGGUACGGGGGAACGUGCCCGAAAUCUGCCCCGUCCCAGGCUCGGAGGAGUUCCACAGGCUGUGCCUCGGGGGGGCGCCUGACGGGGGACGCUUCCCAGGGGGGGACCCCGGAGUCGUGGGGGGGGGCAAAUGGAAGCCCCUCAUCCCCGGAGAUUACGACUUCACCUUCAACGGCGGGCGGCUUCCCCCCUCCCACGGGGACGGGCCCAGGCUGCCCUCCCCGGAGUUCGCCACGCUGAACCAGACGGUGGACAUCUGCCAGUUGCUGAACAACCUGUGCCUGAACGGCCGCUGCAUUCCGGUGCCUUCCAGCUACCGCUGCGAAUGCAACAUGGGCUUCACACAGGACGCCCGCGGAGACUGCACAGAUGUGGACGAGUGUGCCUCUGACCCCUGUGUAAACGGAGACUGUGUGAACACUCCCGGGUCCUACCACUGCCGCUGCCACUCAGGGUUCCAGAGGAUCCCAGCCAAACAGACCUGCAUCGACAUCGACGAGUGCCUUCACAACGGCGUGCUCUGCAGGAACGGUCGCUGCCUCAACACGGACGGGAGCUUCCAGUGCAUCUGCAACGCAGGCUUCCAGCUCGCCCCCGACGGGAAGAACUGCGUCGACCACGACGAGUGCACCACCACCAACAUGUGCCUGAACGGCAUGUGCAUCAACGAGGACGGCAGCUUCAAGUGCGUGUGCAAGACGGGCUUCACCCUGGCCUUCAGCGGCCGCUACUGCACCGACGUCGAUGAGUGCCAGACUCCGGGCAUGUGCAUGAACGGCCGCUGUGUGAACACGGAGGGGUCCUUCCGCUGCGACUGCCCAGCGGGGCUGGCUGUGGGCGCGGACGGGCGGCUCUGCGCGGACACCCACAUGCGCAGCACCUGCUACGGGGCGAUUAAGAAGGGCGUGUGCGUGCGCCCCUUCCUGGGCGCGGUCACCAAAUCUGAGUGCUGCUGCGCUGACGCUGACUACAGCUUUGGGGAGCCCUGCCAGCCCUGCCCUGCCAAGAGCUCAGCCGAAUUCCAGGCCCUGUGUGUGAGUGGCAUCGGAUUUUCUGUGGAUGGGACAGACAUCAACGAGUGUGCCCUGAACCCGGACAUCUGCUCCAACGGGGUGUGUGAGAACCUGCGGGGGGGGUACCACUGCGUCUGCAACGCCGGCUACGAGGCCGACCGCACGGGCAAGCACUGCGCCGACAUUGAUGAGUGUAUGGUGAACAGACUCCUCUGCGAUAACGGACUUUGCCGGAACAUUCCCGGCAGCUACAGCUGCACCUGCCCCAAGGGCUUCCUCUUCAGACAGGACUCCGAGACGUGUGAAGAUGUGGAUGAGUGUGAGAGUAACCCCUGUGUUAACGGGGUGUGUAAGAACACUGCCGGAUCCUUCGCCUGCGAGUGUGCCCCCGGGAGCAAGCUGGACGCCACCGGCCUCAUCUGCAUCGACAGCCUGAAGGGGACGUGCUGGCUGAACGUGCAGAACGGCCGCUGUGAGGUGAACAUUAACGGCGGCACGCUCAAGUCUGAGUGCUGUGCCACGCUGGGCGCGGCCUGGGGAAGCCCCUGUGAGCCGUGUGAGAUCGAUACUGCCUGUUCAAGAGGAUACGCACGGCCCAAAGGAGUGGUGUGUGAAGAUGUGAACGAGUGCGAGGUCUUCCCGGGCGUCUGCCCCAACGGACAGUGUGUGAACACCCAGGGGUCCUUCCAGUGCCAGUGUCCCGAGGGGCUGACGCUGGACGGGUCCGGCCGCGUCUGUGUGGACGUACGCUCGGAGCACUGCUUCCUGACGUGGGACGAGGACGUGUGCGGCCAGCCCGUGCCGGGCCGUUUCCGUGCCGACGCCUGCUGCUGCACGGUGGGCGCGGCCUGGGGGGCGGACUGCGAGGCCUGCCCCGAACCCGGCACCCGCCACUACGAGACCCUGUGCCCGCGCGGGCCCGGGUUCGCCAGCCGCGGGGACCUGCUCACCGGCAGGCCCUUCUACAAAGAUGUUAACGAGUGCAAGGCCUUUCCCACCAUGUGCAUGCACGGAAAGUGCCGGAACACCAUCGGCAGCUUCAGGUGUCGCUGCGAGGGCGGCUUUGCCCUGGACAUGGAGGAACGCAACUGCACAGACAUCGAUGAGUGUCGGAUCUCUCCGGACCUGUGUGGCAGCGGUGUGUGUGUGAACACGCCCGGCAGCUUCGAGUGCGAGUGUUUCCCCGGAUACGAGAGCGGCUUCAUGAUGAUGAAGACCUGCAUGGACAUCGACGAGUGCGAGAGGAACCCUGCGCUCUGUCAGGGGGGGUCCUGUGAGAACACAGAGGGGAGCUACCAGUGCCUCUGCCCCCCCGGCCACCAGCUGUCCCCCGACGAAAACUCCUGCAUCGAUGUGAACGAGUGUGAGCUGAGCAGCAGCCUCUGCCCGCACGGGACGUGUGUGAACAUGGUGGGCACCUACCAGUGCUCCUGUGACUCGGGGUACCAGGCCACGCCCGACCGGAAGGGCUGCACGGACAUCGAUGAGUGCACCAUCGAGAACGGAGGGUGUGACUUCCUGUGUACAAACUCGGAGGGGAGCUACACCUGCAGCUGCAGCACCGGCUACGCCCUUAUGACCGACGAGAGGACCUGCACAGACGUGGACGAGUGCGAGGAGGAGCCUGGGAUAUGCGAUGGCGGGCAGUGUGCUAACGUCCCUGGGGAGUACCACUGCCUCUGCUUCGACGGCUUCAUGGCCUCCGUGGACAUGAGGAUCUGCAUAGAUGUGAAUGAGUGCGAGCUGAACGCCAACAUCUGCAUGUUUGGGGAGUGUGAGAACACCAAGGGCUCGUUCGUCUGCCACUGUGAGCCCGGGUACUCUCUACGCAAGGGCAUGACUGGCUGCACAGAUGUGGACGAGUGUGAGAUCGGAGCGCAUGACUGCCACCUGCAGGCCUCCUGCCUCAACAUACCCGGCGGCUUCCUGUGCUCCUGCCGCGAGGGCUGGGUGGGCGACGGGGUCACCUGUGUGGACCUGGAUGAGUGCACUAACGGGACUCACAGCUGCAGUGAUGACGCUCGCUGCGUGAACACGCCCGGCUCCUACCGCUGCGCCUGCCUGGAGGGCUACACCGGCGACGGCUACACCUGCACAGAUGUGGAGGAGUGUGCGGAGAACGUGGAGCUGUGUGAGAACGGGCAGUGCCUCAACACCCCGGGGGGGUACCGCUGCGAGUGUGAGAUGGGCUUCAACCCCGCCCCCGACAGCAGGUCCUGCCAAGACAUCGAUGAGUGCGCCUUCCAGAACCUCUGUGUUUUCGGCACGUGCAAGAACAUCCCCGGAAUGUUCCGGUGCAUCUGCGACGAGGGGUACGAGCUGGACAGGUCCGGGGGCAACUGCACAGACGUGGACGAGUGCCUGGACCCCAUCAACUGCGUGAACGGGCACUGCGUGAACACGCCGGGGUCGUACGUGUGCGACUGCCCGCCGGACUUCGAGCUCAACCCCACGGGCGUCGGCUGCGUCGAUGCCCGUAUGGGGAACUGUUACCUGGAGCUGGGUCGGGACGGCGGAGGGCAGCUGGAGUGCAGUGUGGAGGUGGGCGUGGCCGUUAGCCGCGCCUCCUGCUGCUGCUCUCUGGGACGGGCGUGGGGGAACCCCUGCGAGCUCUGUCCCGCCGUCAACACCACGGACUACAACACGCUCUGCCCGGGAGGAGAGGGGUUCCGACCCAACCCCAUCACCAUCAUACUGGAGGACAUCGAUGAGUGCCUGGAGCUGCCAGGCCUGUGCCAGGGGGGUAACUGCGUGAACACUUUCGGCAGCUUCCACUGCGGCUGCCCCCCCGGGUACUACCUGAACGAGGACAGCCGGAUCUGCGAGGACAUUGACGAGUGUGUGAUGAACCCUGGGAUCUGUGGUCCGGGCACCUGUUACAACACGCUGGGGAACUACACCUGCGUGUGCCCCCUGGACUACAUGCAGGUCAACGGGGGCAACAACUGCAUGGACAUGAGGAAGAGCCAGUGCUACCGCACCUUCAACGCCUCGGUGUGCGAGAACGAGCUGGCCGUCAACGUCACCAGGAGGCUGUGCUGCUGCUCCUACAACAUGGGCAAGGCCUGGAACAGGCCCUGUGAGGCCUGCCCCACACCUGGCACAGGAGACUAUAAGACGCUCUGUGGGAACAUCGUCCCCGGGUUCAAGAUUGACAUAGAAACGGGGAAACCUGUAGAUAUCGAUGAGUGCCGGGAGAUCCCGGGAAUCUGUGCCAGCGGCGUCUGCAUCAACCAGAUCGGCAGCUUCCGGUGCGAGUGCCCCACAGGCUUCACCUACAACGACCUGCUGCUGGUGUGCGAGGACAUUGACGAGUGCAGCAGCGGGGAGACGCUGUGCCAGAGGAACGCAGACUGCUUUAACAGCCCUGGGAGCUACCGCUGCGAAUGUGCAGAGGGGUACAGCCUGUCCCCCAACGGGGCCUGCCUGGAUCGUAACGAGUGUGAGGAGAUCCCUAACGUCUGCAGUCAUGGCGAGUGUGUGGACCUCCAGGGUGGAUACCGCUGCGUUUGCCACAACGGCUUCAAGGCCACGCCCAAUCGCCAUAUGUGCAUGGAUGUGGACGAGUGUGUGCGUCAGCCCUGUGGGAACGGGACCUGCAAGAACACGGUGGGCUCCUUCAACUGCCUGUGCUACCCCGGGUUCGAGAUCACACACAACAACGACUGCAUAGACGUUGAUGAGUGCAGGACGUCCUACGGGACGCUGUGUAGACACGGGCAGUGCAUCAACAGCGUGGGCUCCUUCCAGUGCCUGUGUAAGCCCGGCUAUGAGCUCACAGGGGACGGCAAGAACUGCGUGGACGUAGACGAGUGUGUGAUCUUUCCGGGGGCCUGCGCUCCGGGGACCUGCCUCAACCUGGACGGCUCGUUCCGCUGCGUCUGCCCGCCCGGCUACGCCGUUCGGGACGAGCAGUGUGUGGACGUGAACGAGUGCGAGGACGACCCCAACAUCUGCCUGUUCGGGUCCUGCUCCAACAAGCCCGGCAGCUUCCAGUGCGUGUGCAGGCCCGGCUUCGUGCUGUCUGAGAACGGCCGCCGCUGCUUCGACACCCGGGAGAGCUACUGCUUCACCAAGUUUGAGAACGGGAAGUGCUCCAUCCCCCAGGCCUUCAACACCACCAAGGCCAAGUGCUGCUGCAGCAACAUGCCCCACGAGGGCUGGGGGGACCCCUGCGAGCUGUGCCCCACGGAGGCCGACGCUGCCUUCCGCGAGCUUUGCCCGUUUGGACAUGGUAUCAUCCCAGGGAUCGGAGAUACUCGAAUAGAUCUGAACGAGUGUGUGGAGAACCCGGGGAUCUGCUCCAACGGCCACUGCAUCAACACGGACGGGUCCUUCCGCUGCGAGUGCUCCAUGGGCUACACCCUGGACUUCUCCGGGGUCCACUGCACCGACGCGGACGAGUGCUUGGUGGGGAACCCGUGUGGGAACGGCACCUGCUCGAACGUGAUUGGUGGAUUCGAGUGCAGCUGCGAGGACGGGUUCGAGCCUGGGCCCAUGAUGACCUGUGAGGAUAUUAACGAGUGCGGACAGAACCCCCUGCUCUGCGCGUUCCGCUGCGUGAACACCUUCGGGGGGUACGAGUGCACCUGUCCCGGCGGGUACACCUUGAGAGCCGACGGGAGGAUGUGCCAGGACCAGGACGAGUGCGCGGAGGGGCUGCACGACUGCGAGUCCCGGGGCAUGACCUGCAAAAACCUGAUCGGCACCUUCAUGUGCGUCUGCCCCCCCGGCAUGGUCCGGCGCCCCGACGACGAGAUGUGCCAGGAUGAGAACGAGUGUCGAACCCGUCCCGGGGUCUGUGAGAACGGCCAGUGCGUGAACACGCUGGGCAGCUACACCUGCGAGUGCGCCGAGGGUUUCCGUGCCGACGCCACCAAGACCCACUGCCUCGAUUACAGAGAGGCCUUCUGCUUCUUCGAGGUGCUGCAGACCAUGUGUCAGAUGUCCUCCAGCAGCCGGAGCCUGUCCACCAAGUCCCAGUGCUGCUGUGACGGGGGGCGGGGCUGGGGCAACCAGUGCGACCUCUGCCCCCUGCCUGGCUCCGCCCACUACAAGAAGCUCUGCCCCCACGGGCGGGGCUACACCACCGACGGCACAGACAUCGACGAGUGCAAGGUCAUGCCCAACCUGUGCACCAACGGCAGGUGCAUCAACACCAUGGGCUCGUUCAGGUGCCACUGCAAGACGGGCUACACCGCGGACAUCACGGGCACGUCCUGCGUGGAUGUGGACGAGUGUGUCAUGUCCCCGAAGCCCUGCAACUUCAUCUGCAAGAACAGCGAGGGCAGCUACUCCUGCUCCUGCCCCCGGGGGUACCUGCUGCAGGAGGACGGCCGCACCUGCAAGGAUCUGGACGAGUGUCAGACUAAGAGGCACAACUGCCAGUUUCUGUGUGUGAACACCAUCGGGGGCUUCACCUGCAAGUGCCCCCCCGGCUUCACCCAGCACCACACCGCCUGCAUCGAUAAUAAUGAGUGUGCUGCAGAGCCCUCUCUCUGUGGUGAUAAGGGCAUCUGCCAGAACUCCCCGGGCAGCUUCACCUGCGAGUGCCAGCGGGGGUUCACCCUGGACCUCUCCGGACUGCACUGCGAUGAUGUGGACGAGUGUUCCAGCAGUCACCACCGCUGCCAGCACGGGUGCCAGAACAUGAUUGGGGGGUACCGCUGCAGCUGCCCCAAGGGCUACACCCAGCACUACCAGUGGAACCAGUGUGUGGAUGAGAACGAGUGCUCGAACCCGGGCCAGUGCGGGACGGCGUCCUGCUACAACACGCUGGGCAGCUUCCGCUGCGCCUGCCCGUCGGGCUACGCCUUCGAGCCCGAGGCCAGCCACUGCGCAGACGUGGACGAGUGCUCCUCCCUGCGCAACCCCUGCAGCUACGGCUGCUCCAACACCGAGGGGGGGUACCUGUGCGGCUGCCCCCCCGGGUACUACCGCGUGGGCCAGGGGCACUGCGUGUCCGGCCUGGGGUUCUGGAAGGGUCGCUACGCCCCCCCGGCGAUGGAGGCGGAGGAGGAGGAGGAGAACAGCCUGUCCCCCGAGGCCUGCUACGACUGCAAGGUCAACGGGUACCCCAAAAAGAGCGGCCGGAGGAGGCGGGGGGCCAACGAGACCGAGAACUCCCAGGAGGCGCCGGUCAGCCUGGCCAGCGUGGACAUGGACGUGACGCUGGCGCUCAACGUGUCGCAGCUCGACCCGCAGGAGCACAUCCUGGAGCUGGUGCCGGCCCUCAAGCCGCUGGCCAAUCACGUGUCCUACGCCAUCACCGCCGGCAACGAGGGCGGGGCCUUCCGCAUCCAGCAGCGGCGGGGCCUGAGCUACCUGCACGCCACGCGGCGGGCCGUCCCGCGGGGGCGCUACGCCCUGGAGGUGGCCAGCAGGCCCCUGUACAGCCACGCCCAGCUGCGCGAGCUGGAGAGACGCAGGGACAGGGACUACCUCUCCGGGGAGCUGGGGGAGGACCUGCGCAUGAGGGUGCACAUCCGCCUGCUGUAGGACGGGGGGACGGGGUCUACCUGCUAGGCCUGACCCUGCUGUAGGAGGGGGGGGGAGGGGGUCUACCUGCUAGGCCUGACCCUGCUGUUGGAGGGGGUGAGGGGGUCUACCUGUCUGCAAGGCCUCUCCUGCUGUAGGAGGGGGGUGUCUACCUGUCUGCAAGGCCUAACCUGCUGUAGGUCCUCCCCCCCUCCAUCCUGGCUGGGGACACUCCUCACUGAGGCUGAAGAACUGACCAAUCAAAAGCUCGGCCUCCCUGUACUUGAAAAGCCAUGGACCAAUCGGACGGACUCGUGGGCACGGAAUGCAUGUGCGUCAAGGGGAACCUGGUGCCAAACCUUUUUCUUUCUUUUUUUUUUUCAAUUUAAAUUUUUUUGAUUGGUGCAUUUCUUUUCACAAAAAUGUGGGGUUGGUUCUGAUUGGUCAGUUCUUUUCACACCACUCCCCAUCCCCUCCCCCACCCGGGUCAUAAGCCACCCCCACCCUCGGCUCAGAGC